AUGCUUGCCGGCCUACUCUUCUCCAUCAAGACCUUCCUAUCUACUCUCUGCUGUCGCCGCAAGGCACCGUCUGCUCAGUCUCGUGCUCGCACGGCUCCCAUGCCACCAGAAAUGGUGCCUCUGCCGCCUUCUCCUCCACUUCUACCCCGCCCAGCGUCGCUGUUUGGCCGCCGUCAUGAAGUUGAGCGUUCGCCCGCUGUGGGUUUCUUGCCAUCCACCUCUUCUGUCGCUCUCGGUACUGACGAUCAUGAGCGUGUCGUGCCUGUCGCUCGCUUUCGGAGCUUCACUCCUACGACCUUCCCGGCCGGCACUGUCCUUGGUUGGGGCGUCGAGCCUUUGGUGCUUGUCGCCGACAAGAACCUUGCCUGUGAUGUUUACAAGCUGGCACUGAUAUCGCAUAUCCCCAUGAGCCCUACUCAUGACCACACGGCAUUCGAUCAAGAUGGCAGCUCUAUUGAGUACCACCUGAAGCCCAGCAGAAAUACACAACCUGGGGAGUUCUGGAGCAACCUUGGACCCAUGUCAACACCGCUUGUACAGAGUGGAGGCAGAAGAUACUUGUGGGAAGUGAACCUGUCUCUACGCGUCCACGUCGCGCUUCCCGGAAACAUCUUCGGAUGGCCAAGUAGAGCAGCCCUCAGCGAGGGAACUGUUUGGACUUGGUGGGAGGUAAAAUCUGACUCAGGGUCCCCGUUCCCGCCUCCUGGUAACGUCCUCUUCGGAGACGGCUAA